GUGUUUUGUAUGUACGGUCGGCAAGGUCUGUCAUCUUGUUUGUAAUUGACAAAUAAAGGCUAUCUCAUCUAUCUCAUCUUAUCAACUGACUUGCAGGGGCAGAACAUGGCUGUGUUGAUGAAUUGGUGCUGGGGGAGGGGGUUGGCAGACAGUACCAGGAGAGGAUGCUUUAAGUGAUUAUGCAUAGCAAAUGUUGACAUGUUUGAUAUCGCUGCCUCUGUUGACUUGACUUUUGCACACAUUACAUAUCACUUUGGUUUCAUGUGCAGCACUGAGUGUAAAAUGCUUCCACACAGAAUUUGAUCAAGUUUUUUUUGGCUGCUGGAGGACCAAGAGGUGGCUCAGCAGCAGCCACACUCUUUUUUUAUUUGGUUGCCCAAAUCCAUGUUAAUGAGUAAUGGGAAGCUAUGCUAAGGUUAACUAGCCUAUAUCUUGCUGUCUGCAAAAGACGGAGUAACUUAAAUGUACCACAUAACUCCAACAAGUGCAUACAAUUCGACACAACUACACAAGCAUUGUUUUAACCUUUUAAACCAAAGGUUAAAGUUACUCUGUCAACAGCCUGUUGUCUAAAUGAGCGAGCUAACAGAGCGAACACGACAGACCCGACUGCAGACGUCAGUGGAAUAAUCUCCCGAUCUUUGCGAAAGUUAUAAACAUAUAAACAGCCUCAAGAACCCAGUUAAGAUACAAAAGAUACAAAACAAGCUAUUCACCAAAAAUAGUGAUGCAGUUCAGUCUUUUUUUGCAGCAGAGCCUCUCUGUUGCUGUGUGGAGCAGCCCGUGUCAGUCACCUCUUUCACACGUCCCUCACUCAUCCGGUUAUGCACUGCGGUCUCAUAAGGAAACUCAGCUUUUUGAUAUAAAGUUUUUCUUGUUCCUGAAUACAAAUAUUUUUAAAAGUAUUUGUGCGAAAUAAGUAUUUGUAUAAAACACGAUAUUUGUGCCUUUCCGAAUACCGUAUUUGGGUUUGGCUCCACCCCUAUGAGUGUAACAGCUGUUUGUCCACAGUGACUAAAAACAAGAGUGAAGAGUGAUGGGGGAUCAAAUUCACUGAUGUCUGUCUAUCUGAACACUGAUAUUCUGCUUUCAGAUGUUGGGAUGGAGAUGGUGUCUACACAAGGGCUAAAGUUUGUAAUGCUUCCCUUCAAAAUACCACAUGACCUUCCUCAGGGUACCACAGUGGAGUGGAGACACAACAAUGUGGAAGUUUACAAGUACACGGAUGUAAAUGUUGACUCACAGCAUGUGGAUGACAGAGGUCGCACAGAGAUGAAGGAAGACGCACUGAGAACUGGAGACCUCAGUCUGACCCUGAAAGACCUCCACCUCACUGACAGUGGAGUCUACACCUGCACCGUCUACAACAAGGGUGGACACAUGCUGCUACAGAAAUCAGUGACUCUCAGAGUCAGAGAGAGUCAGCCAGAGGUAGUGGAGGUGAAACAGGGGUUGAGGUCUGUCCAGCUGCCCUUUGAAACCACAUCUGUCCUUUCUCAGGAUGUCACAGUUGAGUGGAGGCUCACUGAACCCAAGUAUAUGGUGGUCCACAUGUAUACGUGUGGAAACGAUCAGCCAGACAAACACAACCAGAUUUACAGAGGUCGCACAGAGAUGAAUAAAGAGCCACUAGAAAAUGGAGACCUCAGUCUGACCCUGAAAGACCUCCGCCUGACUGACAGUGGAUUCUACACCUGCACCGUCUACAACAAGGAUGGACACAUGCUGACACAGAAAUCAGUGACUCUCAGAGUCAGAGCAACCUUGGUGGGAGCCAUGGCAGACAUGCUUCCACGUCCCAGGAGGAGGAGGGCACCAGAGGAACUGGGGAACAGGAACCAAGAACAGCAACCUCUGAUUGCUGAAUCAAGAGUCUGAGGAGGAGGAGCUGGUGAUGAAGAGCAGUCUCUGUGUCAGCAUGUUGUGUAUAUGCUAGCUAUUUCUUGUGUAUUCACCCCUGGCGAAGAUGAAGAUGCAGCUUUGCUUUGGCCUUUUUUGCUAACAGUUAACAGCUAACUUCUGCCAGAUGUUCUGCAGCUGUUUCUCUAACAUUAUUAGCUCAAAAUGACGAUGAUCGAGGGUGUGCUUUUCCUCACUGCCUCUGUGUUGUUUCCUUUUGUUAUAAUUAGGGCUGCACAGAUUCAUCGAGCCAUUUGAUUAAUUUCAUUAUAAAAAUCCUCGACACAGAUUCUUUGGUUCAAUACUUCAUUUAAAGCACAGAUCUGUAGCACUCCAUUGUCACCAUGGAAACGCAAAAUGCGUCACCCAAAUUUGUGACUUAAAAAAGACCUGCAAGAUAAGCCUUAUUUAUAAAAAGUGUGACCAUAUUAAGAUCACACAGCCUCCAGUUUUAAAUACACACACUGAUAACACAACAGCAGCAGUGUUGGUGACACUGGCACAGUUAACGUGGAGGCGUAGUCUGUUUAUACACUGCAAAGACCAAAGAGGCAGCACUCUUUUCUAGAAGGGUGGAGCAGCUGCCCCUCCGUUGGCUCUCCUUGGGCUCACGUGCUCUGGGGGCCUCUAGAUGUCUGGGGUAUGGAUCUCCUUGCCUGCUUCAUGUUCUGGGGGGAUGGGGCUAUGGCUCCCCACAAAUACUAUUAGACACUUACAUGGAGAAACCUUUUGAAUACAAGCGCACUCAAGCGCAGUCAAACACACAGGUGUGCAAAGAGGUACUCAAAGAAACACACUAUCUUGGUUGGCUGCUGCCUCUAAACAUACUUCUAUAUGCUAACAUAUAAUAUUUAUUAUUUCCUGCUACUAAUGCUUAUGUUGGUUGUGUGGUUUCCUGUUGUGUUGUUUUCAUUUUCCUUCAGCUUUUUUUCAGCAGGUGGUCAAACAGGUUUUCAGGGUCUUCUCUCUGGCUCUCUUCCACAGCAUGUCUGUUUCUGCUUCUAAAGGAGUUUUUCCUUCUCAUUGUUGCCAAAGUGCUUGCUCGG